AUGCCCCCCGGCCCGCUAUACACGAGUGCCCGCUCUAUGAUACAACGCUCCCCCCGCCGUCAUCGAAGCCUCCUCAUCACAUUCGACGCCUUCGAGACCCUCUUCUACCCGCACCCGCCAGUGCCAGACCAAUAUGCGGCGAUCGGCCACGACUUUGGGCUCUCCCGAACGACAGUGACACCAGACAAGCUCAAAGCCGCGUUCAAGGAUGUGUACCGCGUCCAAACGAAACGAUACCCCAACUACGGUCGUGCAGACGUGCUCAAGGGUCAAUAUGGAGGGCCCAAACAAUGGUGGGAGGAGGUUAUCCGGUGUAGUUUUGGACAAGUGCUAGCCGCAGAGAAGAAUGGGGAUUCUUCGCGGACAGAACCCCAGGAACACGGAGAUGUCGAUCUCCCCCGCGGUAUGAUCGAGACUCUGCUAAAUCGGUUUGCGGGAGAUGGAGGCUACACGUUAUACGACGAUGUGGCUCCGUUUUUCGCCCGCAUGCGUGAGCUGAGGGCUUCCUCAGACACUACCCCCUUUGAUCGGAUCGUGCUGGGCGUGAUCUCAAACUCUGAUGACCGGGUUCCUGAAGUGCUCAAGGCGCUGGGUCUCCGUGUUGGAGAUACACGAGCAGACGAGGAUCGGUCAAGUAUGGAGCUACCAGGUUUCGAAGAGCGAGGAUCUAAACAAAGGCCCCAGCCACAGGGCCCGAAUAUUACGAACCAAAAGGACCAACUAGAUGCAGACCUGGACCUGGUAAUUACCAGUUACGAGGCUGGCGAGGAGAAACCGAAUAAGCUGAUCUUCGAUGUUGCGAAGCGGCAGGCUCGAUUACUAGUACGACAGGAUGCGCAUACACAUGGUUCGGCUCCAGCUGGUCUGGAUGACGCUGGUGAGUGGACUUGUAUACAUGUUGGGGACGAUUAUCAGAAAGACUAUGUUGGUGCUAUCGAUGCAGGCUGGCAGAGCUAUUUCCUUGAACGGGAUGGUAGUGCAGAACGCCCUGCGCACACUAUUCGGUCGCUGAUGGACUUGUUCACCGAGAUGAAGAUUGGCUCGUAA